AUGGGGUUGGGGGCACAUAUUCCAAAGUGCUUGGCAGGAGAUGAGAUGGCCCACCUUUCUAUAAGUAUCAGAACUGGUAUGAGCACUAACUACAUUCCUGCACCCCUGCACCCCUGCACCCCUGCACCCCUGUACUCCUGCACCCCUGCACCCCUGCACCCUGCACCCCUGCACCCCUGCACUCCUGCACCCCUGCACCCCUGCACCCCUGCACCCCUGCACUCCUGCACCCCUGCACUCCUGUACCCCUGUACCCUGUACCCCUGCAUCCUGGACCCUGCACCCCUGCACCCCUGCAUCCUGCACCCUGCAACCCUGCACCCUGUACCCCUGCACUCCUGGACCCUGUACCCUGUAUCCCUGCAUCCUGCACCCCUGCACCCCUGCACCCCUGCACCCUGUACCCCUGCAUCUUGCACCCCUGCACCCCUGCACUCCUGCACCCUGUACCCUGUAUCCCUGCAUCCUGCACCCUAUACCCCUGCACCCCUGCACCCUGUACCCCUGCAUCUUGCACCCCUGCACCCCUGCACCCUGUACCCUGUACCCCUGCAUCCUGCACCCCUGCAUCCCUGCACUCCUGCACCCUGUACCCCUGCAUCCUGCACCCCUGCACCCCUGCACCCUGUACCCUGUACCCCUGCAUCUUGCACCCCUGCACCCCUGCACUCCUGCACCCUGUACCCUGUAUCCCUGCAUCCUGCACCCUAUACCCCUGCACCCCUGCACCCUGUACCCCUGCAUCUUGCACCCCUGCAUCCCUGCACCCCUGCACCCUGUACCCUGCACCCCUGCAUCCUGCACCCCUGCACCCCUGCACUCCUGUACCAUGUACCCUGUACCCCUGCACCCUGCACUCCUGCACUCCUGCAUCCCUGCAUCCCUGCACCCCUGCACCCCUGCACUCCUGCACCCUGCAUCCAUACACUCUUUCAUCCCUUGCAUUCUUGCCCUCACUUACUUUCAAGGCCUUGUUUUGCCUUCUCAGUUUACACUGUGUGCUAA